GUAACCUGGAGCCUGUCCUGAUCCACCGAGACCACACCGAGGCGGGCUGAGCCGAGCCGGGCCGGGUCGUGGCGAGGAGGGGUGGUGGUGGUGGUGGUGGUGGAGGUGGAGGUGCUGGCGGGACUGAGACGACGACGACGAGGAGGAGGAGGAGGAGAGAGCGGAUGCGGGGAGGAUGUGAGCGGCGCCAUCGGCGUGUGUUUGCGGACCAGAGCGCGAGGAGAGCCCGCUGCGAGCGGCGGCCAUGGAGGGCGACGUGCGUGUUCGCGCGGUGGUGAUGACACGUGACGACUCCAGCGGCGGCUGGGUGCCCCUCGGGGGUGGCGGCCUCAGUCACGUGGUCAUAUGCAAGGGGAGGAGCGGCAACGGCCGGGGGCGGAGAGAGCACAUCAUACGCGGGGAGAGGCUGAGAGACCGGGCGCCCGUGUUGGAGUGCACCGUCCAGAGGGGGCUGGUCUACAACAAGGUUAACCCCAUCUUUCACCACUGGCGGGUGGACGAGCGCAAGUUUGGACUCACCUUCCAGAGUCCCGCCGACGCCAUCUCCUUCGAGAAGGGUCUGCAGGCCAUCUUGGACAAGCUGGACCGAGGCUCCGACUCGCCCUCGUCGUCCACGCCGGAGGAGGCAGACACUGAAGAUGACGGCCAAGCUUCCCAUACAGGAAGUGAGUCCUCGUCCAAUAGCAGGAAGGAGAUGCUCCCCAAACCCAUCACCAUAGUGACCAGCGAGUCAUCCACCACCUGCUUCGUGCGGACCGAGGAGUUCAGUUUCGGAUCCGGCGGAACCAUGCAGACGCCUGCUCAGAUCCACACCAGGCCGGGACAGCAAAUGACCACUCCAUUAAAUCCCCUGGCUCCGCUGCCGCCUGCUCCACCCUCCCCUCCGGCCUCGUCGCCUCUGUCCCCCCUCUCGCCUACCAUCUCGCUGCUGGAGGAGGGGGACCUGCGCAGCGUGGAUCCCUGCAAGGACCUGUGGGGGUCCAGAGGGUACGAGGACUACCGGCGAGCAGGAGCCUCCAGGACUAUGGUCGGGGGGCUGACCGGGGGCGUGGUGGUAGAGAGCGGGGGGAGUCAUCAGGACAAGACGGAGUUGUGCGUGGUCCGCUUCGAGAAGGAAGCGGGGACGGCGGGCUGCGAGGUGACCGUGAGUUUGGACAGCAAGGCCGCCCAGCGUCUGUCCUCCUCCUCGCCCACCUGCAUGUCCAUCCCCAACGCUGUGUCCGGCGUGUCCUCAGGGGCCGGCUCCCCCCAGGAGACCGGCAAAGGCUCCCCUUCGCCCUGCUGCAUACACACCUCCUUGGCAACGCCUCGGUCGCGGACUCGUAAGAGGGGAGGAGGAGACCCCGGGGCCAUCUCUCCCGACGACGACAGCCCGUGUCCACAGGCGUCGUCGUCGUGCUCGUCCCGCUGCGUGUACUGCCGCUCCGUGUUCAGCGCCUCGGAAAACGGGCGGGGCCGCUGCAGGGACGCCCCGGACCCGGCCCUGCACUGCCUGCGCCAGUGGACAUGCGUGUGGUGCGCAGAGAGCCUGCUCUACCACUGCAUGUCGGACUCCGAGGGGGAGUUCUGGGAGCCGUGCUCGUGCGAUGACUCCCUGGGGGGCCACCCGCACCCCCUCUGCUGCGCCCGCUGGUUGGCCCUCGUGGCCCUGUCGCUCUUCGUGCCCUGCAUGUGCUGCUACCUGCCUCUGCGCGCCUGCCUGCGCUGCGGCGAGAGGUGUGGCUGCUGCGGGGGAAAGCACAAGGCGGUCCGGUGAGACCGGGCUCGGGUCGGGAGGACUCUCUCGGCGAGGGUGCGUAGCCCGGAAGCCCCUCAACUGCAUUCCGCUCCCUCUUCUCAACCCGGGGCCUUCUAGACUCGUCCACGCCCGCCGAGGAGGCCGCUCGGCCCGGGUUCUGUGGCGCCGCACGGAGCCUUGGACCCCGCUGAUGUAGAAUUAGCGAGCAACGCAAAGGACCAGGGUGGGUCACCAUGAUGUGCUCCUUUAGACAAACAAAGAUGGUCGGUCUAUUUUAGUACACGUCAGACACGCUACCACACACACGGGAGGGGAAACGCUUUCGUGUUCGCCUGCGUCAUCCGUGGUCAGAUGAGUCGCCCUUUACCUCCAAACUUUACCUCACGCCACACGUCCACGAGCUGGAGGAGGGACCAGAGGACAAUUACUAGCUGCAAUGACAACCGUGUAACUACGGGGAGUUCAAGGAAGUGAGAAGAAUCACCUUUUCAUCUCCCCCAAAGAAAAAACUAACCCUGCUAAUAAUCCCAGGAUAAAAAAAAGUGCAAUGUAGGAGUAUUUUUGUACGCCGAUGUCGGGCGAAAAGGGUCGCGUGCGAACUGGCAAGGGGCCGCGACAUUAGGUACGCCUGCAUGACAACGGCCGGUACAAAAACUAAAGAGGACAGGUCAGAGUAUUAGGAAGCGCUGGUGGGCCUCAUGAAGUGGCUUCUGAGGACGGAGUGGAAGUACUCCGCAAACAUCUUUUUACUCACGCCCAACCGUUCACAAACUAUUUUCUUCCAUUGAUAAAUUAUUUGCAAGUCAAAAAACAAAAUUUUCUUCAAUGAAAAAAACGAUUCACAAGUAAAAAAAAAUUAUUUUCUUCAAGUACAAAACAUUCAUAAGUUAAAAAAAAAACUAAACAAUUUUCUUCAAAUAAAAAACUGUUCAACGGACGAUUCAAACACUUGAAAAAAAUCAAUUUACUUCAAAUAAAAACGAUUCAAAAACACAAUUUUCUUCCAUUAAAAACGAUUGCAGGUAAAAAAAAAAUAUUCAAUUAAAAACGAUUAAUUUGUAAAAAAAAAACACAAUUUUGUUAAAUUAAAAAACUAUUCAUAAGUUGAAAAAAUAAUUUUCUUCAAUUAAGAAAUGAUUUGUAAGCAAAAAAAACAAAAUUUUCUUCAAGUAAAAAACGAUUCAUAAGUAAAAAAAACUAACCAAUUUUCUUCAAAUAAAAAAAGAUUCAACGAACGAUUUAAACGAUUUAAAAAAACUGUUUACUUCAAAUAAAAAAAGAUUCACAAGUUAAAAAACAAUUUUUUUCCCAUUAAAAACAAUUUGCAAGUAAAAAAACUUAAUCAAUUAAAAUAGAUGCAUAAGUAAAAAAACACACAAUUUUUAUGAAUUAAAAAACGAUUCAUAAGUAAAAAAACCAAACAAUUUUCUUCCAUUAAGUAAAAAAAACAUUCAAUCAAAAACGAUUUUUAAGUUAAAAAAAAAAGUUCUUCAAAUACAAAAAUGAUUUGCAUGUGAAAAAAAUAAAUAUAUUUAAUUAAAAAACGAUUCAUAAGUGAAACAAAAGAAACAUUUUCUUCAAUUAAAACAUUAUUUGCAAGUUAAUUUUUUCCCCAUUAAAAAACAGUUAAUGAGUAAAAAUAACAGAACAGUUUUCUUUAAUUAAAAAAAUUAUUUGCAAGUGAAAAAAACACAUUUCUACUACUAAAAAACGAUUCAUAGGUAAAAAAAACUAUUUUUAUCAAGUAAAAAAAUUAUUCAUGAGUAAAAAAACAAAACAAUUUUAUUCAUAUAAAAAAACGAUUCAACGAACGAUUCAAACCAUUUAAAAAAACAAUUUUAUUCAAUUAUAAUACGAUUCAUAAGUAAAAAACACAAUUUUCUUAAAUUAAUAAAACAAUUUAUAAGUAAAAAAACUAUUUUCUACAAUUAAGAAAUUAUUUGCAAGUAAAAAAAUAGUUUUCUUCAUUUAAAAAACGAUUCACAAGUAUAAAAAAAUUCUUCAAUUGAAAAAUUAUUUGCAAGUAAAAAAAAAACAUUAAUUCCAUUAAAAACGAUCCUUAAGUAAAACAAAAAAUGUUCUUCAAUUUAAAAAAAAAAAUUCAAUUAAAAUGAUUCAUGAGUAAAAAAAACAAAAAUAACAUUUUCUUCAAUUAAAAAAUUAUUUGCCAGUGAAUAUUUUUACUUACAUUAAAAAAACGAUUAGUAACAAUAGAAACAUUUUUCUACAAUUAAAAAAUGUUUUGAAAGUGAAAAUAACUACUUUCUUCCAUGAAAAAACGAUUCAAAAGUAAAAAAACAAAAACAACUUUGUUCGAUUAAAAAAUGAUUUGCAAGUGAAAACAUUUUUUUUUCUUCAAUUAAAAAAAUAUUCGGAAGUAAAACUACACACAAUUUUCUUCCAUUAAAGAAUAAUUUGCAAGUAAAAAAAAAAAACAAUAAUGUUCUUCAAUUAUAAAACCCAUUUUAUUCAACUUAAAAAAACGAUUCUCAAGUAUCAAAAAAUAUUUUUUUUAAUUAAAAAACAAUUAGCAAGUAUAAAACCAAUUUUCUUCAAUAAAAAUGAUUCACGAGUAAAAAAAAAAUUGUAAGUAUAAAGACGAUUUCUGCAAGUAAAAAAACGCCUCGUGGGAAAAAAAACAUGUCAACAAGUUAAAAAAACGAUUUGCAAGUAUAAAAAAUAUUUUCUUUUACUUAAAAAAUGAUUAGCAACUAUAAAAAACAUUUUCUUCAAUAAAAAUAAUAUGCAAGUGAAAAUCACAUUUUCUACGAGUACAUUUCUUUUUGCAAGUAUAAGAAUUAUUUUCUCCAAGUAAAAAACCGCCUGGCAAAUAAAAAACUUUCUGCAAGUAAAAUAAUUUUCAGCUUGUAAAAAAACAAUUCGCAAAAAUGAAAACUGUUUUCUUCAAUAAUAAAAAAAAAAGAUUUGCUCAUAAUUAUUUUCUUCAGUUUGGAAAAAACGACUAACAAAAUACAAUUUUCUGCAGAUAAAACAAUUAUUCUCAAUUUAAAAAAACGUUUUGCAAAUAAUAAAUAUUUUCUUCAAUUAAAAAUAGUAAAGAACAAUUUUCCUAAAUCAAAAAAAAUGUGUGCAGUUGAAAAUAAAAUGUUCUGCAAGUAAAAGACAGUAUUUGCAAGUAUAAAAGCUAUUUUCUUUAAUUUCAAAAAUUAUUUCUAAGUAUAAAAAAAAAAAUUGCCAGUAAAAAAACGCCCUGCAAAAAAAUAAACCUAAUUUUAUGCAGGUAAAAAAAUAAUGCUUAAGUAUACAUUUUUUUUUCUUCAAUUUAAAAAAAGUGAAAAUACAAUUUUCUGCAAGUAAAAUAAAAAUUCUGCAAGUAAAAAAAAAUCUACGAGAAUAUAAAAAGUAUUUGUCAAUUGAAAGAAACAAUUUGCAAUUAUAAAAACUUUUUUCUUCAAGCAUUAAUAUUCCACCCUGUGCCAAUCACAACCACAAGCUCAACCUGUAAGUUUCCCCUCUCUUCUGUCAUGAUCCUUCUUCUUUGUUAUUUUGGGCGGACGGCACCAUGGGCAAAUAACAGCAGCUCUGACGGCCUUAAAUUGACUGAGCAGUGCUACUGUCGUUGUGGAGGGUGUUCUGAGUGCAAGUGUGUGUGGAAUAUUACUGCCAAAACUUUAAAGAAAAUAGUUUUUAUUCACCCCAAUCGUUUAUUACUUGCAGAAAAUGUAUUUAGGCCCAUUGCAAAAGGACUCCCAAAACAGACUGCUUGUAACUUCCGUUAGCAAUGUCGUAGAGACAUGAAACAAAAACCUCUAUGUAGGGCUGACUUAAACCUAGAUUUCAUAACUUUACCUUCUAGGGCAAAAAUCAACAAAAAUUUUGCAAAAACCCAUUCAAAGCAAAAUUUUCGCCAAAAAUGCAAUUUUUGCCUCUUUGAGCUGUAAUUUGACCCCCCUAAAAUACUUCAAAGCUCACCAAACUUGGCACACACAAAAGGACUGGCAAAAAUUGCGAUCUAAUGAAAAAACCAAACCCCAAAACUUAAAAAUGCGCUCUAGCGCAAUUUUGGAAUAAAACACAGAAAAAACUGCUCCUAGGAAGAGAAAACAGACAAAACUGCUUGUAACGUCCAGUAAAAAUGUCGGACAGACAUGAAACAAAAACCUCUAUGUAGGUCUCACUUAGACCUACAUUUUUAUGAUUGACAUUCUGCAGCAAAAAUCAACAGGAAGUUAAAAAUGACCCCUUCAAAAUAAAAGUUUUGUAAAAACCCAUCACCUUUUUUUAAACAUAUCCUCUGAGCGCGUUUGUCAUGUCAGCUUCAAACUCGCACAGGAGAGAGAUUGAACCCUUGUGAUUAAAAGUUAUUCACAGUUUUGAUUACUGCUCCGGUUUUGCUUUUACGCGCCUUUAAAGAACCCCUGCGCAAAGUUUCCAAAAAAAGGUCAUUUUUGCCUAUUUGAGCUGUAAUUUCCUCCCCUUAAAAUGUUUCAAAGUGCAAGUUAAAGCUCUACUAUGCAAAGCGAAAGCAAUUUAUCAACAACAUCCAGAGACGCCAAGCUGUAAUUUGACCUCCUUAACAUGUUUCAAAACUCGCCAAAUUUUACACACACAUCAGGACAGGCGAAAAUUGCCAUAUAAUCAAAAACCAAACCCCAAAAAUCUGAAUUGCGCUCUGGCGCCCCCUAGGAAAAAAGACAGACAAAACUGCUUGUAACUUCUGUUAGGAAUGUCGUAGAGACAUGAAACAAAAUCUUCUAUGUAGGUCUGACUUACACCUACAUUUCAUUCACUCACUUCUUUCAGCAAAAAUCAACAGGAAGUUGGCAAAAACCCCUUUAAAACAUUUUCCUAAAAAAUUUCUUUUUUGCCAGUUUGUCGAUGUUAAGAUAUUACGCCGGGUUGGUAAGUCUAUCUGUUUGCUAAUAGUAGCUACUAUCCAUCCAUCUUCUAACGCUUAUCCGGGUUUGGGUCGCGGGGGCAGCAGCCAAAGGCGGACCCGACCAACGCUGCUUGCAGCUUUAAUUUAUACUUGAAUCUUUAUUUUUUUUUAAUGGAAGAAAUGUGUUUUUAUAUGGUGGGGUGUGAGUAACAUGUUUGGCAGUGAUUUCACUCAAUUGGUGAGCAGCAAACGGCGGCGACGCGCUCGCAGACACACAUGAACUCACUUGAAAUCCUCCCUCCUCUCGCUCACUUUUCACCACAUUUUGCUGAGUCAGGACAUUUUACUGCAGGCGUAAUAACGACAAACACCACAUUUCGGUUCUAUUGAUUUCAAUGGAUCAAAUUAGCGACGGAUCAAACGAUACUGAAGCACCGAUGCCUUAUGAAAAUGACACAGGAUGUGUGUAUCACUUUAAGAAAACACACGUGAAGGAUAGGACUUCGUCGGCCCGUACGAUUUCAGAGAAAAUAAACAAAGUGUGGCACCAUUUUAACCCUACAACACGCCAAAUAAGUUCUUUUUUUCCUCUUCGCUCUUUAGCUUAUUGACCAGAAUUGUGCGUAUCAUAUACCUUUCUGCGCAGAUAUCCCUUAAAAAACAAUUAUAUUGGCCAAAUAUGACCAACAGAUGACCAUUAUGAAACACGAACACAGUAUCGGCGCAGGUAGUGAGUGUGCCAUACACUCAUUUAGCCUUCACUCGUGAAAUAACAUGUGGUUUAGAACGCUUGCAUUAUUUAGAUGGCACUUUUCAUUUCAGAAAAUAUCAAUCAAUCAAUCAAUGUUUACUUAUAUAGCCCUAAAUCACUAGUGUCUCAAAGGGCUGCACAAACCACCACGACAUCCUCGGUAGGCCCACAUAAGGGCAAGGAAAACUCACACCCAGUGGGACAUCGGUGACAAUAAUGACCCAGUGGGACGUCGGUGACAAUGAUGACUAUGAGAACCUUGGAGAGGAGGAAAGCAAUGGAUGUCGAGCGGGUCUAACAUGAUACUGUGAAAGUUCCCAGUUUUGAGCAUAUACAUGAUUUAAGUCGACAUUUAAAAAAGAAAAUUGCAUUUGAGUCCAUCUAUUGGGCUCUUUUUGGAGUUGAUGUAAAUGAUGCAAGGUAGUUUUCAUCCAAAUUGGAAAGUUAGAUUCACCUGAUUAAAAAUGUCAUCAUAUAUAAUCUUACUAACAGUUAUUUUCCCUCGCCAAACUACCAGUUAACAAUUUGCUCUUUUUUAAAACCGUAUUUUACGUACUUUUUGGCUUCAAUUACGCAUUUUUCUUUUUUAAAAAGCGGUGUCAUGUCUCAUAAUGGUCAUAAUAAACUGCUUUUUAUGCUCCAACUAUAAAAAUGUUCCAUUUAUAACCAAUAAUUCCUACUUUGCGAAAGCUAAUUUACCCACGGUCAGGCCUGGAACCAAUUAACAGCCAGGGAUUACAGUAGCCAAUGACAUUCUGAUGCACAAGUCUGUUGACCAAUCAGAAGACAAGAGCGUGUUUAGCUCCGACCUUCACUAGCGCCUCAAAGAAGCUGCAAAAACAGACGACACACAAACGUGUCACACAAACGUCAAGUUUUGUUCUGGAAAGUUCUCUCAUUAAAUUGCGACGUCGCCAUGACAACGAAUCAGACGUGGAGCAGACUGAAUGGGUUAAAGGUGGAAACAUGACAGAAGUUACUAUCCUCUCAGUAUUGUAGAAAGGGAAAUUAAACAGCAAAAAUGCUUUUAAUCACGCCCAAGACGACAAACUAUUUUGCAUUUUAAAAAUUUUUAGCAAGUAAGAAAAAUAUUUUCUUCAAUUAACAUAAUGAUUCACAAGUUAAAAAAAAACAAUUUGCAGGUUAAAAAACACUUUUUUCAAUUAAAAAAUGAUUUGCAAGAAAAAUAACUAAUUUCUUCAAUUAAAUGAAUGAUUUGAAAGUAAGAAAAACUUUCCUGCUUGUUGAAAAUGUAUAAAAAAAGUAUAAAACUAUUUUCUUCAAUUAAAAAAAACAUUUUUCAAAUUACAAAAAAAAAACAUUCGCAAGUUUAAAAACAAUUUUUUGUCAUUUAAAAUAAUUAUUCGUAAGUAAAAAACACAUUUCUUCAAUUGAAAAACAAUUAUUUCAUAAAAGAAUUAAUUUCUGCUCGUAAAAAACGAUUCAUAAGUAUAAAAAUGAUUUUCUUCAAAUAAAAAACGAUUCGUAAGUAAAAAAAUAAAUGUCUUUAAUUAAAAAUAUUACUCGCAAAUGUAAAAAAAAAUUCAACAAAACCUUAUUGAUAAGCAAUAAACUAUUUAUUUUUCAAUAAAAAACGAAUCGCAAGUUAAAAAAAUAUAUUUUCUGCUAGUAAGAGCAUAAAAAUAAUUUUCAUCAAUAAAAACACUGAUUUGCAAACAUACAUUUUUUUCCAUUGAAAAACGACUCACAAGUAAAAAAACUAUUUUCUUCAAUUACGUGAACUAUUUGUGAGUAUAAAAACUAUUUCCUGUACAUAAAAACAAUUUCUAAGUAUAAACACACAUUUCUUCUAAUAAAAAAAUGUCUUCAUUUACAAAACAAUUCGUAAAAAAAUAGUUCUUCAAUUAAAAAAAUUAUAAAAUUAUUUUCUUUAAAAAAAAGAUUUGUAAGUAAUAAAAACAUUUCUUCAAAUAAAAAACAAUUCGCAAGUUGAAAAAAACUAUUUUUUGCUAGUAAAAAAAUUAUUCAUAAGCAUAAAAAUAAUUUUCUUAAAAACACUGAUUCGCAAACAAUUUUUUUCAAAGACAAAAACGACUUACAAGUAAAAAAAAACAUUUUUCUUCAAUUAAAAUAACUAUUUGUCAGUAUAAAAACUAUUUUCUGUGUCUAAAAAACAUUUCCUAAGUAUAAAAACCCAUUUCUUCAACGAAAUGAGCGAUUUGCAAGUUAAAAAAAAAUGUUUGAAGUCAAAUUAAAAAAAGUUUAAACUUCCCCUUUCUGCUGUCCCCACCCUAAUUCUACUUGUUAUUUUUGGCAGACGGCACCAUGCGCCAAUAAUAGUCCUUCCUUAAAUGGACAUAGCAGCGCCACCUGUGGUUGCAGAGAGUCGACUGAAUGCAGGUGUGUGUAUCACAUGAAAUAUUACUGCCAACAGUUUCAACUUGAAGAAAACUGUUUUCACACUUGCCAAUCCUUUUUUUAAUUGAAGAAAACAUUUUUUUACUCUGGAAUCCUGUUAUUUUUAAUGAAAAAAAAACACAGCUGUUUUUUUACUUGCCAAUCAUUAAUCAUGUUUUUUGUUAACUUGCCAAUCGUUGGGCGUGAGUAAAAAUGUUUUUGUGAGUUUGGGCAGUAGUUUGGCUCUAUUGUAUUGCGUUCAAUUAGGCCACGCCCCUUGUCACCUCUACCUUCCUAACACGGUUGUUCCAGGAAAGUAAAACUGCCAUUCCACACACACACACGCAAACACACACACACACACUCACACACGCACGCACACACACACACACACACACACACUGACUUGAAGAUGCAGAUGGACCAAAGCAGUAAAGCCAUCGUGCACACCUUCCUUCCUUCCUUCCUUCCUUCCUUCCUUGAUGCUGUCCCCCCCCGCCCCACCCCCUCAUCCCCAUUCUUCUUACAUCUUAAUAAAUGUGCCUUUUGAUUUGAGUAAUCAAUCCCUUUUUGAUUUCCAAGUAACUCUGUACUCACCACUCUUUGAUUUCUGCCAAUGUGCAUCUUUUCCAAUGUAGUAUUUAUGAGUUGGAAAGUAAUAUUUAUUUAUGGAGAUAUUUAUUCUGAUGAUCUUUAUUUGCUUUGGAGGCAGGUUUUUACUCUUCCGUGCUGUCUUACUUCUGACUUUGUGCCAAUGUGCUGCUUUGAGGUGUUACAUAUGGUGGGUUUGUAUCGUUAUUAAACCCUCACUCUAUAUUUUACA